AUGGCUGAAACUUUUGACUUCAUCAUUGUUGGUGGUGGAACCGCCGGAUGCCUUAUUGCCGAAAAGCUGGCAUCAACCGCAACAAAGCCAAGCGUUGCGCUUUUCGAGGCAGGAGAAAGACAGGAAAACAAUUCACUGCGCCAAACUUUCCACCGGUUUUCUUUAGCUACCUCUCAUCCUGAACUAAACUAUGGAUCUAAGUCAACCCCUCAGGCCCAUUAUGGUGGCAGAGAAAUUGACAUGAUCCGAGGCAAAGGCCUUGGUGGAAGCUCGCAGAUUAACUUCCAAGUCUGGUCCCUUGGAGCUAGGGAUGAGUUUGACGCUUGGGCUGAGAGAACCAAAGCCCAAGAAUGGGGAUUUCAGUCUAUACUCAGUAGUAUUAAAAAGAUUGAAAAGGUCACUUUAAAACUACCAACUGGCUGGGAAAAGUUCUCUCAGCAAAGGGCCGACUGUCACGGAUUUUCAGGGCCAGUAGAAGUAUCAAUUGGUCCAUUGAUAGAGCCAGAGGCCAAGCACGUUUUGGAGGCUGCGGCCGAGAUUGGGUACUCAAUAAACCUGGACCAAAACGACGGCGAUCCUAUUGGUUUUGGACUAUCCUUAAAUUCCAACAAAAAAGGGUUCAGGACAACGAGCGACUCGGCAUUCCUCAAGAAGAGUCUUCCAAAUCUACGAAUCUACCGAGGCUCCUUCGUAUCCAAAAUAGUUUUUGAGGAAAAGAGAGCUGUAGGCGUGCAGUGCAAUCGUUCACAAUACUUUGCAAAUAAGGAAGUUAUACUCACUGCGGGCGCAAUUGGCAGUCCACACGUCUUACUUCACUCCGGGGUUGGUCCUUUGGCUGAGCUUCAAUCAAUCGGAAUUAACGUUGUACAAAACCUUCCAGGUGUUGGAAAAGGCUUUUCCGAUCACCCUUGCAUACCAAUAGUGUAUCAUAUGGGCCAUGGCUUUUCGGAAAGAGUAACUUUUUUAUCUGACGAGAUGAAAAUGUCUUCGGCCGAGCGUGAACUCAGAAGUUCAAAGACCGGGCCAUUGACACAGUUUAUGUCUUCAGCUGUUACUGCCUUUCUUCAAUUACCUGGUAUAGCCGACUUGGAAGGAUUUAAUCAACUCCCUCCCGAAUCUCGAGAGCUACUUCUAAAGCAAACCACACCUCAUUUUGAGUUGACUACGCCGGGCCCCCUUAUCCCGCCUACUUACGUAUUUGAAGAUAAAAAUGAUGGCUAUCUGACCAUGUUCCUCACCUUGAUGAAUCCACAAUCUAAAGGAACAGUCUCUAUUGCUAGUGCUGAUCCUACCGUUCCACCAGUCAUCGAUCCAAACUAUCUCGCCAGUCCAUUUGAUCGUGCUGCCUUAAAAGAAGCUACUAAGGAAACUUUGAGAAUUCUCGAUACGCCCUAUUUGAAUCAGUAUAUAAAGCAUCCAAUCUUGGCCCCCUCUUCAGCCAACGAUGAAGACAUAGAGGCAAGUAUAAAUCCACUUUUAAAAUAUGCCAAGCUAUUCGCUAAUGCACGCCCCUGUACAGUCAAAAUGGGCACAGUAGAUGAUCCUUUGAGUUGUGUAGAUCGCCAUCUGAAAGUACAUGGGUUACACAACUUGAGAGUCGCUGAUAUAAGUGUAACUCCUUUGCUUCCUAGGUACAUUAACUCUUUUCUCUUACUAUCGUGGAAUAUUAUGACUAAUUAG